AUGAACUCAACCUUGUAUGAAAGGUGGGGUUCAACCAGUGUGAAGAUAAACAACCAUGUUUAUACGGCUGGUGGUGAUGAUUCCAACUUUGUCGAAUGUUUAAGUUUAAUCCAAGUUGAUGUUGGUUGGAACGAGGUGGCAUCUAUGAAGGAACAACGAUGGCAUGCAGCAUCUGCUGUGUUGAAUGAUCAAAUGUGUCUAGCAGGAGGAUGUGAUGGUGGUAUUAAUGCAUCAUCAUUAGUUGAAUUAUACAUUCCACUGGUGAAUACAUGGACAAACAUUGCUCCAAUGCAAACUAAACGAUAUGAUCAUGCUCUUGUUUCUUAUAAAGGUCGCUUGUACUCGUUUGGUGGAAGGGAUGAGGGUUUUGUAUUAAAUCUUUUAAAUUCAAUGGAAAGUUUUGAUCCAAGAGAAGGGAAAUGGAAAUCACUAAAAUCAAUGAAUAAGAAAAGAUCUGGAUUCUGUGGUGUUGUUUACAAUGAUGAGAUUUAUGCCAUUGGUGGUCAUGCUUUGAAAAGUGUCGAGCGAUAUAACAUACGAACCAACACUUGGACCAAUGUUAGCAGCUUAAACCACGUGCGAUUUGGUUCUUGUGCUUGUGUUGUGAAUGGGAAGAUAUACGUCAUUGGAGGCACUGGUGACAAUGAAUCAAAAACAACAAUUGAGGCUUAUGAUGGAACAAUCAAUGAAUGGAAGAUUGAAACCAACAUAGAGAUAUCAAGAUGGGGUGCAUCAGUUGUAGCUUUGUAGACAAUGAAAAUCUUCAAGAAAACUGUUUGUGUAUUUCAUGAUUUGUUUUGAUAAAUAUUCCAUCAAUAGUUUUGUAAACCACAUGAGCCACUGUUCACAUUGCAGAAAUACUUUGAAACUUCAUAAAUUUAGGUUUGUAAUAAUUAAUGAAAAAUUCUUCAUAACAUAAAAGCACUUGAGAUUGUAUUUAAUUACUUCAACCUAUAUUAUAUAAUUAUGCAACUAGUACUUUUGAUACUCCAAUUUAUUAAUUUAUAUUUCUAUAUUUUCACCUAAAUUUUUCAAUCCAUUCUUAGUGAUUUUUCACUUGUAACUGUUAAUAAAUGAUUGCCAUUAAUUUUGUCUUUGCUGUUUUCGUCACCAUUUAUUUGUCUUCGCUGUUUGUUUUCUUUUAAUUGUCGGUGAUCAACGGCCCCAUUUUCCGCAAGAAAAAAACUUUUAUCGUCGAUGGUGACGUAAA